UUUUCUCUGGCAAAAUGUUUAAUGAUUCAUCCCUACACAAGUCUCUCAAAUUUGAUCUGAAUGAAUAAAUGUGAAAAAUAAAAAUGGUUGUAGAAGGUAAGGAUAUUCUAACUUAAAAUGUUCCUAAGUAACUGUCGAGCUACAUCUUAAGACGUGUCCUAAGUUGAUCUUAGGAUGUUCCUUACUUUUUUCCUAAGUCAAAUCUUAGGAACACACUUAAGGCAUAUCUUAGGAAAGUUUCGUGAACAUGCCUGCAGAGCCCUAUCGUGACUGCUAAAUCUAAUAUGAACUCAGGAACCAUAACGUUGUAAGGAUAGAUUAUUUCGAACUACAGUAAUUAUAAGGAAAUUGAAUCUAGUUAAAUUGUGCAUAACAAAUAUAGUAUUUACAGGAAACAAGUUUUUUCCAUUUAGAUUAACGUUGUAUACUAUCAGUUCAACUGUUGGUAUUUCCGUCCGAUUACACAAUGGCGUUUCAGCAAUGGAUUUGCUUUCUGUAUCUAAGAUUCACUUUGGUAGUCUGCCAGAAUAUAAGUGGUUCCAAUAUUUGCAUGGCACCUGAUAGAAUGUGAACCAGGCUAUUUUGGUACCAACUGUUCCAGUAUUUGUCCCUCCGGGUACUUUGGACGUCAGUGUACUGAACGUUGUCAAUGUUCCUCGGACAUGUAUUGUGAGCCUACAAGAGGGUGUGUGUGUAACACAACCAGUGCAAACUGUACAGAAUCAGAGCAGGAAGUGACCAAAGAUUUAACAUUUUCAACAGUUUAUCAACCGAUUCAGAUAGAUGAUAAUAGGACAGAAUUCCUGCUAAUGGCCAUCCUCCCUUUCUCCAUACCUGUCAUCGUCUGUUUUGUCAUCGGAUUGGUUUGUAUCAGGCGUGCGAAAACUCAGACCAAAACCAUUCACAAUGUGACUGACUCCUCAGCUAGAGCUCAUGAAUCUGCGACAGAAGAGAUGGCACCAUCCGAUGUUUAUAAUCAUUUAAAUCUUAGAAUAUCAAGUUCCAGCUCUUCCACUUACCCCAAGGACAAAGUAAUUGCCGUUAGAGAACGGAUGCCAAGUCCUGAACGGAAUACUGAUGUCCCAUUUCAAGACAAUAGAAAUGAUUUACAUGUCAACCAACAUUCAUUGCCAGCAGUUUGCGAAAGAAGCAGCGACAGUUUAGAUGGAUAUAUCAUAAUGACAAACAAGAAAAAACGUCAUGACAAAUCGAACCAUCAACAAGAAGAAAGAAAAUUAACAUCGAGAAAAGGAGAUACAGAAGAAUUGCCCUACAUCAAUUCAAACGAAGCUCAACAGAAAAACGGCGGUAAAACAGUGAAAUUUGAAUUUCCAGAACGAAUUCAGGAUGCAGCCGUUUUCGGAGAUAAACUUCAAAAAGAAAAUUUGGCAUCCCCAGUGUGUACAUACGAUGAUGAAGUGAAUGCGAAUAGUUGCGAUGCGAUAUAUUCUAACAAUCUUUCCAUAACAGACAAUCAAACGGAAAGCGAGGAUACCGAAGAAUACUUUAACAUCAAGUACAAAGGACAAAUUACAAAUACUGAAUCUGUUCGUUCAUCGUGUUCAUCUACAGCUAGCAAAGAUAUGUUCGAUUAUAUCAACUGUGGUGCCAUGAUAAAGGAUUCUCAAGUUAAAUUAUUGAAGAAAACCCACUUCACUGGAUACAUGAAUUGACUUCCUGUUUGAUAUUUUUUAUAAAGUCACGUUCAAAAUAUAUGAUAUAAGUGAACUCCUUUAACACUCCAUGGACAUAUUGAGUAAAUUAUACAAGUUAUUGUUUAUUACUAACAAGGUUAAAUUUAUUUUACUUUUCGCAUAUGCAUUGUAAAAUCAGAAUUGUAUCUGGUGAUUCCAAAGUAUGUUUAAUUAAAUUAUGAUGUUAAUGUCUGAUGUCAAUGUUUGAUAAUCAAAAUAUACAAACGCACGAAUCAAUUUGAAAAUUAUACAAAAAUUCGACAUAAGAUAUUGGAUAUCUAUGAAGUUCAAAACACUAAUUAACAUUUAGGAAUUCGUUACACUGGAGCAGAGAUCCGUCCUAUUCCACUAAAAAUUGAAAAUACAACUGAUAAGAUGACAUUUCAUUGGACGGUAAUACUUCGUCUCGUUCAAAUAUUUCUUUUGCAUCUGCAGUAUUUGGAACAAUUAGCACGUGGCAUUGUUCAGUAGUCAUAGUGCACUAAAUAAUUAGGGCGGCUUGUUACGAAGAAUAAACUGUCAUUGCAGUAUGAAUUGACCAUGAUUGUGUAAACAAUAUGCAGGUAAUUAGAUAAUUUCUAAUAUCGUACUGUUUUUUUAUGAUAGUGGAGAUAAUUGUAUAGACAUUUUGGCUUAUUUUGAAGAUUUAGUCUAAAAUGAUGAAAAAUGGCACAUUUUCUCGUAGUUUUUUGAAGAGGAAAAUGUGUCCGCAGCCGUCGCCAACAACUAAAAUGAUAUAUUUUAUGUGUUAUUACAUGAUAAAGUUAUAAUAUUGCGGACAUAUUUUUCAAUUCAAAAAACCAUUAAAGAACUUGUGUCUUCUGCUCAGUUGUAUGGAAAUUAGGGGAAAAUGUACUUUUUUUGACGUCCCAAUUAAACUUGUGAAAGUGUUAUCACAUAACUAUUUAUAGAUUCUUGAUUUAUGGGUAUUUUUGUGUAAAUAAACUUACAUUUCAAUUUUUUGUGAUAUUUUUACAAUUCACGCUAAAACAGGGUAAAAUAUGUCUUAAAUUGUACCUAAUUCUUUAAAUUCUCAAAGUUCAACAAGUCAAAAUAGCCGUACGUAUCAUGAUACAAAUAGAUGCCUUGUGGUAGAAUUAAGUAAAACACAUUUUUGCUGAGUUUUAAUUCUUUCUUCUUUUUUUUUAAAUUUUUUUUGUAAAAGAAUGAAAUCCAGGCUACGUUUGUCAGAACUGCUCUGUAAUUUGACCACCAAAAUAUUUUGGACUACAGUGUAGAGAACGAUGUAACUGUUUCCCGGACAAGUACUGUGGCCCAAAAAGUGGCUGUUGGGCAAACAGUUACAUCUGUAGAAUAAGGUUUAUUAUUGUCACUCGAUGGAAAGAGGUUUAGCACUGUUUUCGAAUUUUUUAUUCAAUAUUCUCGACUCGAGUAACAUACCGAAACAAAAGCAAUUAUAUUUUUUUACUAAUGUAAAUAUUAAAUCGUGGCUCGGUUGACAGGACUUGGAACGUCUAGUACGAAGACCUAUGAUUCAGCAGCUGUUCAGUCAUACAACUGUGAGUAAUCUGUUAUAUCUAAUGUAAUUUUUCCCAAUGCAUCACACUAAGCCUUUUAACUGCAUUUAUUUAACCAUACAUGUAUUUGUAUAGAGACGUGCAUUAUAUCAAUCUUUUUUAUUAUUGUUUUUACGAUAUUGGUGGUGUUUUAUAAGUAUGACCAAAAAGAAAAUGUUCUGAUUUUAUUGGUAAAAUAAGACAU